GUUUUUGGGACAGCCUCUUUAACAUUGUAAACAAACCCUGAAUAACAUUGCAGGUUUCUCCCGCCACGCCGAAAAUAUCUGCGAAAAAACUUAUUCCGAGAAGCUUUAGCUAUUGUUUCUUUUAAUAAUUUUACCACAAUAAAUACACACUGUUGUAUCUCCGAGAACGUGUUACCUUACCCAAGUCAAGUUGGAAAGACCAAGAGAGAACAACGGCAUUAAAAAUCUGCACCACGAUUCUUGUUUUUUUUGGGGGAUCCAUCUGUUCGAUGCUUGCUUACUGAACAAGUGACCCGACAACAAGCUACCCCCAGCGACGAUUGAGCAAUUUACUGAUGUAUCUAAGUUGACCAACCCAGCGGUUGUUUGCUAAUCAUAUCCGUUAAAAGUAGGUCUUCAGCUGAAAACCCGACAGCUACGUUAGAAAUGGUGAAGCUGACCAAGGCAAAGACAUUCCAGGCAUACCUGGACUCAUGCCACCGCAGGUACAGCUGUGUGCACUGCCGAGCACACCUUGCCAAUCAUGAUGACCUCAUCUCCAAGUCUUUUCAGGGUAGUCAGGGACGUGCCUACCUCUUCAACUCUGUGGUGAAUGUGGGUUGUGGUCCGGCCGAAGAGAGGCUGCUGCUGACUGGCCUCCACGCUGUGGCUGACAUCUACUGUGAGAACUGUCAUACCACACUGGGGUGGAAAUACGAGCAGGCCUUUGAGCUGAGUCAGAAGUACAAGGAGGGGAAGUUCAUCAUCGAGCUGUCCCACAUGAUCAAGGACAAUGGCUGGGACUGAGAAGGGCAGGAUGGUGUUUUUGUCAAUGUUUCAUCCUCCACCUGUAGUUGUACUGCCCUGGAAGGUGUGCCCCCUUAACCCUCAGUAGGGGCAAUUCACCCACUGCCCGACACUUCAUACAGCUUCGCCAAGAAUAGCAUGAGAUGUAUGUUUUUAUAUAAGCAUAUACAUUCCCCAAUAUUAUGGGAUCACUGUUGUCAAUAUUGAUAUAUCUAAAUGAUUAGCUGUGUCAAUGUAAAGAAUAAGUGAGUAGAGGUAUGUGUGUGUACACAGGCAUGUGUGAGUUGGGUUUGUACGAGUGUCUGGGUGUUGCCGUGCAACCACCCCCCUGGCAAACAACCUAAAUGCUACUCAUAAUCAGUGCUUCUCUGUGGGAUUUCUGUCAUGAGCGGGGAAAAAAUCCUAAGUUCUGUCAAAGUGCAAUUCACAGGGUUGAGCCAAUUAGACCUUUAUGCAAAAACGUAGCACCCCAAAGGCUGUUCCCUUUUAGAUUUUAGCUGAAUAUUGAAGAAGCAGGUUACCUUGCGGUGUAUGCGUUUUAAGACUUUAUACUUAAUCUUUGAUGGUACAAGCGGAGAAUUAAAAAUAAGUUUUGAGUGUCGUGUGUGAGGGGAUGUUAUGGGCGUGUCUGUAUCAAGUGGAGUUUCAAGUGCAAUAUGGUGGGGCUUCUGCAUGCAUGUGCGUGGUUAAAGUUUAUUUUACAAUGGGGGAAAUAUAACGUUGGUUGUUUUCUCUCCUUUACAGUAGCAAUCGUGGUUUUCAGUUUUGUACUUCAAAGGCUGCAGCGUUACACAUUUGGUGAAUGUUUCUGUGUGAUUGGCCUGUGGGUUUGAGUACAGUGUGUAAAUGUUCUGGGGAUGGGUGUUCUUUGUUUGCUGCCUGUGGGUAUGCCUUUUAUGGUUGUGUGUAGUGCGUGUGAAUAUGAGUGUUUAUACAGUCAGUAUGAAGUGUGAUUGAACAGUCAACAAAUGCUUUAGUUUGGGAUCAAAUAAUUCUUUCCUGAUGUGUUAUUGGGAUAUCCAUUUUAUGUUCCUUCUUUUUGAGAUCCAUCUUGUAAAUGUCUUAACAAUGAGCAGAAUGUACAGAAGCCUUUAUUUGAUCAUAAUAGAGCAAUGUGUAAUAUCAAAAUUGAUGAAUAUCUAUAAUUAUGCUGCAGAUGGUGACUGUGUAAGCUUUUUCAUUUGUGUUUUAUUUUAACCUUAAUUCUCACAUUAAAGUGUGUGGUAAAUAUA